AGUGUUGCUAUAGCAAUGGACAGAAGCAAAUGGGAGAAGAUACUCACCUGUUUUCAGUCAUAUGCACGGGGACACCUGGUGAGAAAAGAGGUCCAUCGUGCACGAGGAGACUUUGAAGACAUCGUGAAAGAGAUUGAUGGGGGUCUGGUCCACUUGCAAUGGAAAGAGACAAUUAUCCCCAUUCCCCACUUCACAGACACUGAUGGCCCAAUUCUACGACCCAGUAAACUAGAUGUCAGUACUUGUUACCAGAGCCCAGCAGCAACAGCAGCAUUUCCCUUAUCUAAGCAGAAAGGGGAGGAUCAUCAUCUCCCUCCACAGAAGAUUGAAGCUGAGAGAGAUGACUGUCAAACCAAAAGCCCAAUAUGCCUUUCCAGGGACUGUUUCCAUGGCAGCCCUGGUAGAGAGGAUAGAGACUUCAACAAAGUAUGCACUGUCGGGGUGAUGGAGAGCACAGGAGACUCCACCACCAUCUGGAGUAGUUCAGAGCUGGAGAUGAACCACAGUCACUCUCACAAAGGUCCCCAGCAGUACUGCCUGGCCCAGGAGGUGCCACGUACCUCAGAGGCCCUGCGUCUCCAUAGAAACACCCUGACCAUGGAGCUGGUCUGGCUCCAACAGGCCAUUGACAGCAGGAAAAAGUACUUGUCACUGAAGGAGAGGCUGAGCAUAUCCUGACAGCAGACGUAAUCUGAACUGGAAGCGACGUCCUGACUACAGUCAGCCAACUGAACUUGCUGUAAUGGAAUCCAUUAUGAUAUGAGGACAUACAACUGCACAGAAAAUUAAAAUGCUGUCAAAUA